AAUACAAAAUAAAUACGAUUUGCUUCGGGUUUGCUCAAAGGCCAAGUAUGCAAGUAUUAGAAAUCAAAUACUUGGUCCUUGGGUUUGCUUGAUUGAAAGAAGAGAAAGAAAGAGUAGAGGAGACUGAGUAGCGUACAAAGAGAUUAUAAAUCACUACCUACUCAAGCUGCUCAAGCCAGCAAGUUGUAUUUAUUGAGGAGUGAGGUGAGAGACAUGGCAGAAAUUACAAAAAGAAUCACAAAAAAACGAAAAGUGGAGAAUCCAGAUGUAGCUUUUGAUGAAGUUAUGAGUAAGUAUGUGAAGACUAAAUCUGAAACUUCACGACUAAAAGCCCCUAGGUCGACAAGGACCAGGACUGUGAAGAAGUAUAUAGUAGAAAGUUCACAUGAUGAAGCAUCACCCAAAUGUGAUAAAAGUGAUCAAAGUGAUGUAUCAGAUUGUGAUAUUGAGAUUCCUAAGAAGAAGCCAAAGACAGAUUUAGUCCCGAAAACUACAAAAAUAAACGAGAUAAAACUUGUUAACAAGAAACUACCGAUUAGUACUCUUUUGAAUGAUGAAGAAGCUUCGGGCUCACAGGAUAUUAAAACAGUAGCAAAAAAUCCGCCGAAAAAUAUUAAAGAUGACAAAUCGGAUGUUUGGGCUGAGGCAAAAACGCUGGCACAAUUGGAGGAUAUAUCACAGCAGUUAGCUCAUACUUUUAUUUCUCUACUAACUGAAGGAUGUACUUUGCCAUUCAUUGCAAGAUACCGAAAAUCUGCUGUGGAUAAUUUGCAACCUAAUCGACUGCAAGAGCUUUACGACAGCUAUCAAAAUGUAAUUCAGCUGCGAAAGAAAAUAAAAUCAGUUUUGGAAACACUAAGGAAGUCCAAUAAACUAACACCUGAAGUUGAAGAAAGUAUCCUAAACGCUAGGAACUUGUCAGAAAUAGACCUAGUGUAUGCACCAUUGAAGUCUCAUUCAUUAUCUCUAGCAGAAAGAGCACGAAAGUUGGGCUUGGAACCUUAUGCCAUCAAAGCUCUCAAUGGUGAACAUGUGGACAUGAGAUCACUUGGUUUUCAUGAAGAACUAGCCACAACUGAUAAAAUAGAUGAACACAUGACUCAUAUUGUUGCUGAUAUCAUAUAUAAAGAUAUCAGGGUUAUGGAGCAAAUGAGAAUGUUAAAAGGAGAAACCAGAUUCUACAUACAAAGUACCCGAAAAAAAAGUUCAGAGAAGAAAGACAGACCGAAACCAACUGACAACAGAUCUGACCCAGAGACAUAUAAACAAUACUUCGAUUGGAAGUGCUCAGUUCAGUUCAUUAAACCACAUCAAACUUUAGCAUUGAACAGAGGAGAGGACGAAAAAAUACUUGCUGUAAAAGUAACAAUACCUGAUUGGUUUCAUAUUAAACUUGAGAGAUUCUGUACAACUCUAUGGAAAAGUACCUUCUGGGUACGCAAAGGUUUAGGAGAUGCUUACAGCCGACUGAUUAAGCCCUGGUUGUCGCGGCAAGUUCGUGCUGAUAUCACCACUGCUGCUCAGAAGGAAGCCGUGAGGACCUUUAUAGAUAAUGUUGAGAAGUAUUUGCUGACUGAACCAAUAAAGAAUCGAAGGAUCGCUGGACUGGAUCCUGGGUUUAAAGCUGGUUGUAAGGUGGGCAUCAUAGAUACAAAUGGCGAAAUUUUGGACACAUGCACGAUUUAUCCAGAUAGGCUACAAAGGGAAAAUGAUCCUGCUGCCAUACAACUAAAAACGCUUCUAGAAAAGCAUAAAGUACAAUUAAUCGGCUUAGGUAACGGUACGGCUUGCCGAGAAACUGAAUCUUGGCUAAAGGCUUACGGCAUUUCGAACAACAUUCCUGUCAUCAUAGUACCUGAACAAGGAGCUUCAGUAUACUCCAUCAGCAAAGAAGCUCAGAAGGAACACCCAAAUAUGGAUCCGAAUCUGAUAUCCGCAUUAUCAAUCGCAAGGAGAGUUUUGGACCCUCUAGGAGAGUUGGUGAAGGUAGAUCCGAAGAGCCUCGGAGUGGGGUUGUACCAACACGAUAUACCUCCGAAAAUGUUAGAAUCUGCCUUAGACUCGGCCGUAGAAAAGAUAGUCAGCUUGGUUGGUGUAGAUCUGAACACUGCGUCUCAAGCUAUGCUAAGACGUAUCUCAGGGCUAAACGAUGGUCGAGCUGCGAAGAUAAUCAAAUAUCGUCAGCAAAAAGGCAGGUUCAACAUGAGGGAAGAGUUGUUGGAUGUUCAGGGCAUCGGCAAAGUAACGUACCAACAGUGCGCAGGAUUCCUUAGAGUCAUUGGCGGAGCGAAACCCUUAGACGCAACUAUCAUACACCCUGAAAGUUAUCAGGUUGCUAAAUUGUUUGCCAACAAAAUUAACGUAAAUGUCAAAGAUAUAACACAACCAGAAUUCCCAGCCAUAGUACAAAGAAAAACAGCUUGCAUAGACUUGCAGAAGAUGAGCAAAGAAUUGAACACCGAUGUUUGUACUCUGGAGCUGAUCAUAACUGCGUUCAAGCAGAAACAUCACGAAGACAACAUUAUCUCGUUCAGUAGACCCGUGUAUUCUGUAUGUAUUGACGCCAUGAAAGAGGUUAGAAAGGGGAUGACUUUGACAGGUGUAGUCCGAAACGUGGUUCCGUUCGGCUGCUUCGUUGACUGCGGGGUGAAGACAGACGGGCUCGUACAUAUCAGCCAAUAUGGAGACCAAGUACCACAAUUCGGCAAUAGAGUCUCAGUUACAGUCAUCAGUACGCCCAAACCAAAGAGGUUAGAGUUAAAACUCGAGAAAAUUCUCGAUUAAUUUAUUGUAUCGUCGUAGAGUGAAAACCUUGUAAAUGAUUAUUCUAUUCUAUUCUCAAAUGUGUUCGAUUGAUUAUUUAAUACAUAAAGGGAAAAUUUAUAAUCUAUUUUUGACUUUUUUGAAGUCUGUUAUAUUAUAAAGAUCUGAUUUUGGUCAUUGAACGUUGAAUGCUUAAUACAAGGUUUUUACUCUGAAACAACGGUUUGUUAUUAUACCAAUAUGAAGGUAGUGACUUAUUUUAUGAUGUAUUUUGUCUCGGUCUUAAUGAAAAGAUAGUGUGUCGAAAUUGUACCUUGACAAUUUAUUGGUAAACAUUAUUAGUAGCACAAGAAGUACAAAUUCCACCCGCCACGUCUCUACAUUUUUAUUAAAAACCGAGUUUUAAUGUUAAGCGUACUUUGAUAUAAGUAUUUUGUUAUGAUAAUGUUUCAAAUGUGAUCGAGUGAUUGUGAUAAUUCUUAAAGUUACAUAAACAAUUAUUAUGUUUUAUAAGUACCUAAUCGAUUAAUUGAAUGUGAUGAUUCAGAUCCCAAACUGAAAUAAAACAAUGAUAAAAACGUAAGUUUAUUAACUAUAGAACAUAACAACCAUAAGAUGUAAUUCCUUUCUUUCGUAGCAAAACAAAUGCUAAAAAAUCAUAAGGAUCAUAAAAAAAACUCAUAUCUACGUCAUUUAAGGUGAAUAAGGUAGAGGAGCUCGGUGGCGCAGCGGUAAACUUUCGC